AUGUGCCAAUCAUACUUGAUCUUACACAAAUGCUGUCACACCUCUGAGGAGAUCGUUCUGUGCAAGAAGGCCCAAAAGAGCAAGAAGAGCAAGUCGAGCUCACCCUGCACGGUCGUUCAGGAUCCGAGCCUCUGCAAGCCCAACAUGGACAUAUGCAAGGACUGCGAGAAAUCCAAGAGGCAGUGCCACAAGGAGUGGGAUAAGAGGUGGGAGAAGAUCCUCAAGAUUGCCAAGGAGAUCAAGGAAGUCCACGCGGAAAUGGCGGCCCUCAAAAAGACAUACGAGAAGUCGGCCGGGAUCUUCUUGGACACGUGGUUCAAUGACCCCGACGUGGGUAGAGAUACCUACUGGGACCUAUACCGCCAGCAGUUGGAUGAGUAUUAUGAGAGGGGGAAGAAGAAGCUCUCCGACUGGUACAACGUGUACGACCCGAAUGCCUACGCAGCCAUCCAGGGCGGUAGCUCCCGCGGCGGGAGCAGCAGCAGCAAGCACAAGAAAUGA